CCCAGCAGCAGCAGCAGCAGCAGCAGCACAUUACGGAGCAGCAGCAGCAUGUCCCCCCAGCCCGUCCCUGCUCAGUGCGGAGCUCAGUGAUCCCACAGCCAGAGCGGAGGAUGGAUUCCUGGCUGCGGUGCUGGAGCUUGGCCGCCCUGCUCUGCUCCUUCCCGGGCACCGGGGAUACUGCGGCAGACCCCACAAAUGGAACGGGUCCCAUGAGCCUGAGUGUGGAAAGGGAUAUCUCACAUAAGUCUUCGGCUGCGGAAAUCCUUCUUUCUCUCCUGGAAACGGGGACGUUAGAUGUAGAGAAGACAUUGUCCCAGAAGACCAGGUCUGGUGGGGAGGACUCCUUCUUGGACAGUAAACCCUGGAGGAUCACUAAGGCAAAGUUGCCCCAGAAAAAGCCACCACGUACAUCUCUUGCAUCCGCUGGAGUCAUGGCAUCUUCAGCAGCUCCUACCGGCCAAGCCGGUGGCCUCCCAGCUACAGUGAGCACUUUGGAGUACCAUCCCACUGGGAUAAAUAUAGACAACGAGUCAUCUAUUUGUGCGGGAUGCGGCGGGGAAACUGUCAUUAACGAGAGACCGCCCUCAAGGUCUCUGCUGUCCGAGCGCAAUGGGGGAAGUGUGGAGUCCGUGACUAACUUUGGGUGGCCUGCUGAGCAUGGAACUGUCGACUGGGAAUUUAGAAAGAGUUUGAUCAAAGGCGAUAAACCUUCUGCGUCAGAAAGUCAAGAAGACUCAGGGAGUGGAGACCCGCGUGUAAAGAUGCCUUCAGGUCAAGUCACGCACUCCAGCUCCCUGAAAACAGAAUGGGAUUUAGGCGAGCUUCUGGGCAUGGCCACCUCUACUCCAUCCCAGACUACCAGUACUGGAACCAACGCACUGGUAAACCCAUCUACAGAUAAAGCCAUCAGCCCGGACUCUGCAGAAAUUGACCAUCUCCUGCAAGUGUCCAGAGAAACCACCCUGCAGCCGCCAUCGCCUUCAGGUACUGAACCUCGCAGUCAGAGUCCAGACAAGCCCAGGAAAGAAGUCAGUUUUGAGGCAGGGAAACCUCAGGGGCCGUUAACAGUUUUGGAGAAAAUGCCCAGUCAGUCCACAGUGCAGGGGGCACAAGGGAGCACUGACAUUGCAGUGGUGACCGAAAGCAGACAAGUUGACUUAUUUCCUACUAGUGUCCCACCUAAUGGUCCACCAAAACCCAAUGAGUCCCCAUCUGACCUUAUAGACAUAGAUUAUAAUGACCCCUCUGACAUAGACGACCACUGGCCUUUUCCUCAUUUCCCAGAUUCCCCCUUUGCCGGUGGGGACUCCACCAAGACACUCCACGACAAGCUGGCACCUUGGCAUAAGCCAUUACAUUACGAUGACUUCUCUCCUUUCGAUGACUCAUACUUUUACCCCACCCCUUCUUUCUACGCAGAUGAAUAUGAGGAGGGGGGUAUUGAAGAUGACGAUGAAGAGGAUGACCUUGAGGAAGCCGAGGACUUGGAUGAUGAAAUGGCCGCAAGGGAAGCCGGUAACGUCCUCAAAGCUGCUACUCUAACUCCAAAGGUGCGGACUGUAAUGGUCGACGAGAAGCCGACCAGCAUUCAAGACGAUCUCUUCCGGGGGGAGCUCUUCCCCAAGUUUCACCCUGACGUGAACAAGGACCAAACGCAGACCAUGUCUGGGACUAACGAAAAUAGCACAGAGUGCAGGAGUGGCUUCGUGAGGCGCAACAACUCCUGCAAGUCCCUUUGCGAGAUCUACCCCACCUACUGCUUCAACGGGGGGCAGUGCUACAUCGUGGAGGGCGCCGGAGCGUUGUGCAGGUGUAACACGCAGGACUACAUAUGGCAUAAGGGUCUGCGCUGUGAGUCCAUCAUCACAGAUUUCCAGGUGAUGUGCGUUGCGGUGGGCACCGCCGCGCUUGUGGUCCUCCUGCUGUUUAUGAUGACCGUCUUCUUUGCCAAAAAACUCUACCUUCUCAAAACCGAGAACUACAAACUGCGCAAAAGGAACAGGUACAGGACUCCCUCCGAGCUCCACAACGAUAAUUUCUCUCUCUCCACAAUUGCGGAAGGCUCGCACCCAAAUGUAAGGAAACUAUGCGACACUCCAUCUAACCUUUCCCCCCAUGCUCGUGCAUUGGCUUACUAUGAUAACGUUAUCUGUCAGGAGGAUCCCAAUGCUUCUCAAAAGGUCCAGGAUCUUCCCAAGGCUUGCCUGAAGGACGAGGAGCCCUUCAACAUACAGAACUCUCUAUCUCCGAAGCUGGAGAGUGGUAAAGGGGACCCGGACAUUGUGGAUGUCAACUGUGUCCUUAAUAACUUAACAUGAGGAGAGACAGAGAUAGAGAAAUCUCUUGGAAGAUGUGUGUGCCAUCUUCUCUUAACUUCUUCAGUGCUGAAGGAGCUGGUGACGGAACAAAUCACAGUCCCCUCCAGCACUGACUUGGGUUUAAUGUUUCAUUACCACAACACCCCUCUAAUGUGCCCCCUCCCCUCCCCAGCCCUUGGCAUGCUUUGGUGUAUUUUGUACAGAGAUAUGCAAAAAGAUGAAACAGUGCUUUGGAGAUGUUGACGAACCAGAUCUGGUGUAAUGAGGAUGGGCAAAAUUAGGCUGAAGUUCACCAUUUGUCUCAUAUAAUUACACUAUACAAAGAGGAAACUUUGAUGAGGUUUAAUUAGUAAAGAUGUAUUAGUCUUGGGUUAGGUUUAGGUUUGAGUGGAAUUGCAUCCGUCCGCUACAAGCGGUGAAAGCCACUCGAGUCUCACCACAAAACGCGUUGGGUUUGCAGCAGUGCACCUAGAUGAAGCUUCCAAGUGCACUUCAAGGUACGCAACUACUCUCCGCUCUUGAGAGACGUCUUAGUAUAGGUUGGUGGAGAGGCGCAAUGUGCAAAAAAAUGUAAAUAUCCCCACCCUCUACCACUCCGGUACCACUCCUUUCAUCAAAUAAACUUUUACAUUUUUCCUAAAAUACUGCGCUAUUUAGUCUCUUUUGUUUCGUUUUUAUUAUGGCGGCAUUGGGACACAUUCCACAUAUUUUUUUUGUGGGACGAUUUUUAUUACUUUGCUCGAAAUACAACUAGAACCGUGCAACAUGGAGGCACAGAAUGCGUCUUAUUUAAGCGUGCUCGCUACCCACUACUAUCUUGUUACAUUAUCUCACUCUGCAAAAGGAAAUCUAAUUUUUGCACUGUUCUAUCGAUAGUUAAUGAGGCCCUCGCGGCAAUCUCCUGCCAUCACCAACAUCUUACUCCGUAAACCUGUGCACUUUUGCAGGGAUAUGGGUGCACUUGUGCAAAUCGCAGCGUGCAGUAAGACCAGAGCUGGUUUUGCAUCUUGGCUGCUUUGUGAAUGAGACUCCAGUAGGUAGAGCCAAUUUUCAAUAGCCUCUUGGAGCCGGUGACAUCAUGCAGUCUAUGGGUUCACCGACUCCAGAGAGGUACUUUUUGGUUUUCUCAUACUUACCAACUCUCCCAAAAUAUCGGGGGCUCUCCCGGACUCCCAAGAGAGUGAACCAGUUUGCGGUCUGCAGCCCACUUCUUGAGUGAAAUGGGCUGUACGGGGGUUUAAUGAUGCGAUUUGCGUUGAAUUGCAAUAUUGUGACACCACCCCUUGCUGCACAAUGCGCGGCUUUGUACAGCAGGGGACGGGAACACGAUGAUCUGAUCAUGGCACCAUGCCAGUCCCCUCACACCUCUGGUGGUGCAUUUCAAGUUGGCAAGUAUUGCUUUUGUUGAGACUAUGGGUUCACUUUGACCAGAUAACACAGAUGACAGACAGUGAUAUAACUGAGUUGCACUGAAGGGUAAAUAGAAGGAUGAUGUCACUAAUUACCCAGUCCUGUUACUUGAGUUUAUACUCGUUAGUGCACUCGUCAUUACACACAGUGGACACAGAGUUUUUGUGCCAAUAUUAACGUGAAUUGCUGCCUAAGGACUGAUGACAUUUAAGAUGGAUGUGACUACAUCCCCUGUAUAGAACGCACUUACAUCUUCAGCGUAUAGUCUAAACCUCAUGUUCUUUGUGCCUCACGCCACGGAAAGUGGCUGGAAGAAGACAAAAAGCAAAAUGUAAAUGAGUCUAACGUCUGCACGCUGAGGUCAGGCUGAUGUUCCUUACACAAGCGAUAUAUAGUGACCCAAUACGUUUCCACAAGACGAAACACUGAGGUGAAUUCACAAGCAUGUAACAAGUAUGUCCCAGAAUACAGGGCUAAUCCUGCUUCCCGUAAUCCGCAGUCAGGCGGCGUUGUUACCUUAAUGUAAUGUAAAGUCUUGAGGUUACUGGUCUUAUCUUCUUUUAAUCCUCUUUCCUCGAUAGGAACAGUAGAGCGGAUAAAUAAAUACUAGACAAGAUUGGCCCUGUCUGUUCCAGGCUCCUGUGCCGUAGGCAAGGAACAGGUUAUCCGUUUUAUAGGAAAGAGUGGGGUUCUUACACUUGGGGCCUUCAUAUCCCAAUUGGCCUUACACAGGGGAAGAGGCCACACAAGAUGAUGGUAAUAGAUGGUAUGCAGUGAUUGAGUGUCUAACAUUAGCUGGAAAUGCAAUCAGUGGUGCAAGAGGAUCAACUGCGAAGAAUUAACGAUCAUAUAAUGUUAGUAGAAGGGAGAUGACAGGCACGUGGCUGGAGAUCAAUAUUGGUGAUUGGCCAGUUGGAAAGGAGGUGGCUGAAGAUCAAUAUUGGUGAUUGGCCAGUUGGAAAGGAGGUAGCUGGUGAUUAAUGUUGGCGAUUGGCCAGGUGGAAAGGAGGUGGCUGGUGAUCAAUGUUGGCAAUUGGCCAGUUGGAAAGAAGGCAGGUGGUGAUGUUGGUGAUGGGCCAGGUGGAAAGGAGGUGGCUGGUAAUCAGUGUUGGAGAUUAACCAGGUGGAAAGGAGGUGGCUGGUAAUCAGUGUUGGCGGUUGACCAGUUGGAAAGAAGGCAGAUGGUGAUGUUGGCGAUUGACCGGUUGGAAAGGAGGUGGCUGGUGAUCAAUGUUGGCGGUUGACCAGUUGGAAAGAAGGCAGAGGGUGAUGUUGGCGAUUGACCGGUUGGAAAGAAGGCAGAUGGUGAUGUUGGCGAUUGACCGGUUGGAAAGGAGGUGGCUGGUGAUCAAUGUUGGCGGUUGACCAGUUGGAAAGAAGGCAGAGGGUGAUGUUGGCGAUUGACCGGUUGGAAAGAAGGCAGAUGGUGAUGUUGGCGAUUGACCGGUUGGAAAGGAGGUGGCUGGUGAUCAAUGUUGGCGGUUGACCAGUUGGAAAGAAGGCAGAGGGUGAUGUUGGCGAUUGACCGGUUGGAAAGAAGGCAGAUGGUGAUGUUGGCGAUUGACCGGUUGGAAAGGAGGUGGCUGGUGAUUAAUGUUGGUGAUUGACCAGUUGGAAAAGGAGGUGGCUGGUGAUCAAUGUUGGCGAUUGGUCAGUUGGAAAGGAGGCGGCUGGUGAUCAGUGUUGGUGAUUGGUCAGUUGGAAAGUUGGUGACUAGUGAUUAAUGUUGGCGAUUGGCCAGUUGACAAGGAGGCGGCUGAUGUUCAGUGUAGGCGAUUGGCCAGCUGAAUAGAAAUUGGCCAGUGAUCAGUAUUGAUACAGAAGUGACAGAUAAGAAAACACCUCUACCUUAAUUAAAUGUUUCCUCUUUUAUAUGAUAUAUUGUGACAGGGGUUGUCAUAUAUCACAGUCCUGCCAUCCUGUCAUUGGGCCUGAUUCAUAUUUGCAUGCAGACCAGAUGGUUUCAGCACAAAUCCGAUGUUCAGAAUGGGUCUUGUGAUGUCGCUCACAGCCCACUGUCAGCCGCAGCCGUUUGGGGGGCAGCACCCAGCACCGUUCUUCAAAACGGGGGAGUGUCAUCCCCGUUUUGGAAGCGCGAUGGGUCCAAGGUCUGUGUCCUCGGAUGCAGACUUCCUGGACCCCGUUGUCCAGCUUCAGCUUACGCAGGCUGGCCGGUGCCUGUAACUAUGGUGAAUCGUGACUGAUGGUCGCAAUGGUGAUCCAAAGCGCACUCGGAUCCUCGGUGCCGCUAACGGGCGGCGGCCAUCUCCUACAGGCGCCUCCUGCUGCAUUAGAAGUGGAAUUAGACGGAAUUGCAGAGCCGCUUCCUUGCGUCGGUGCAAUUGAUACAAACAUGAAUGAGGCCCAUUGUUCUGAGAGAAGUAGAUGAGCACUUGACCUGUAAUGCGUGUUGUUUGGCGUGUGCGUGUGUGCCCCCGCGUCUUCCGCUUGAGUCGGCCACGUGCCCCCUUGUACUACUGCCAUGUGUGAUUUCUAAAAAACAAAAAAGAAAAAGAAAACCUUUGCUGACUUUUUUUGUACUUUCACCCAACUUUUUUUGGAAAUACUGUAAUAUAAAGAGAAUAAAAGGAAAAAUCCAAAUAAAAUGUUUUUAAAGUUA